AGAGUAUCCAGUUUAUGUAAAAUUACCUUAUGAGCUUAAAAUAACAGAAUUAGAAGAAUUUUUGAAAAUGAAAAGGGAAAGAUUUUCUGAAGAAUAUUUUGAAAUAUUAAAAGAGGAUUCUUCCAAAACUCAUAUUAAUCUACAGAAUAUUUACUCUUCUGCUCAAUAUUUAUCUGAAAAUAUUAUCAAUGCAUUUUGUCAUCCUGAUGUAGUUAAUAAAGUUACAGAAUUAUUUCUAUCCUAAUAUUUAUAUAGUAUAUUGUGUAAUUUUCAAUUUGUUUACAUAAAUUAUUAUCAAUUUUUUUCAUUAUUUAAUAUUAUUAUUAAUAUUGAAUUCAUUUAUUUUAAAUAAUUAAAACUUAAUUUUAUAUUCAUUUGAUAUUCAUUUGAUGUUACAUUCAAUUUUAUUAUUUUAUAUAGAGGUUAAGAUUGACUAGUUGCAUAAUUAUAUUUAUAUAUUCUGGAACUAACAUAGAUAAUGCGUGUAUAAAAUUGUGAUUAGUGAUAUUUCUGUAAUUAAUAAUGGGUCUGUUAACAGUACUUAAAAAAUUAAAACAAAAGGAAAAAGAAAUGCGUAUUUUAAUGUUAGGUUUGGAUAAUGCUGGUAAAACAACAGUUUUAAAAAGAAUUAAUGGAGAACCAAUUGACACAAUAUCACCAACACUUGGUUUCAAUAUUAAAACUUUAGAACAUCGUGGAUAUAAAUUAAAUAUAUGGGACGUAGGUGGUCAAAAAUCAUUGCGUUCUUAUUGGAGAAACUAUUUUGAAUCUACUGAUGGUCUUGUAUGGGUAAUUGAUAGUGCAGAUAGAAGAAGAUUGGAAGAUUGUAAAAUAGAAUUAUAUAAACUCUUGCAAGAGGAGAGAUUAGAAGGUGCAAGUUUAUUAAUACUUGCAAAUAAACAGGAUUUACCUGGAGCAUUAUCUGCAUCUGAUAUUGCAGAAAUUUUGGAAUUACCUAAUAUUAAGACUCAUCAUUGGCAAAUAUAUAAAUGUUCAGCAAUUACAGGAGAAAAUCUUGUAGAAGGAAUAAAUUGGAUUGUUGAUGAUAUUUCUGCUAGGAUAUUUUAUAUAGAUUAAUAUUAAAAAA